CUCUCUCUCUCUCUCUCUCUCUAUCUCUCCUUCCUUAUAUAUACGUAAUAGGUGUUCUCUUUCUCUCUGAAGUCUGAAUUGAAACAAAGAACAGAAAGCAGACCCAAAGCCAUCAUCACCAACAAUAUGGGUGGUGAAAACGAUUCUCUGUCGGAGUUCCUUACCGUUGCAGUUGAUGCAGCGAAGAAAGCCGGAGAGAUAAUUCGAAAAGGAUUUUACGAGACGAAGCAUGUCGAGCAUAAAGGCCAGGUGGAUUUGGUCACCGAAACAGAUAAGGCUUGCGAGGAUCUCAUAUUUAAUCACAUUAAGCAGCAUUACCCGGAACAUAAGUUAAUUGGAGAAGAGACAACUGCUGCAUGCGGUACUACAGAACUGACUGAUCAACCGACUUGGAUUGUUGAUCCACUUGAUGGGACAACUAAUUUUGUUCAUGGGUUUCCCUUUGUUUGCGUAUCUAUUGGUCUUACAAUUGGAAAGGUUCCCACUGUUGGUGUUGUUUACAAUCCGAUAAUGGACGAGCUUUUUACUGGUAUUCGUGGGAAAGGCGCUUUUCUGAACGGUAACCCCAUAAAAGUGUCAACAAAAAGUGAACUGGUGAAGUCGCUCCUUGCAACAGAAGUCGGCACAAAGCGUGAUAAAUCAACAGUCGAUGUUACUACAAACAGAAUUAAUAGCUUACUUUUCAAGGUACGAUCCCUUCGGAUGAGUGGUUCUUGUGCAUUAAAUCUCUGUGGAAUUGCAUGUGGAAGGAUUGACCUCUUUUAUGAGCUCGGAUUUGGGGGUCCUUGGCUUCGACACUCAGGGAUGUCGCGGGUGGAGCUGUAAUUGUUCAAGAAGCUGGAGGAUUGGUUUUUGAUCCAUCUGGCAGUGAUUUCGACAUCACAUCUCAGAGAGCUGCAGCUUCAAACCCCCGUCUCAAGGAUAUCUUUAUUGAGGCUUUGAGGGAAGCUGAAACACAUCAACCUUCCGGAAAUUAGAGGUCUUCAGCUACUUAUAUUUAUCAUUUGUACCCGUUACAUAUAAAACUUAUGGGUUCCAAAUUCCGUUAAAUGAUUUUCUCCAAUUGGCUUCUG